AUGUUACAGUCACGAGGUGUUUAAUACAAAAGUCUUGACAUUGGUCUACAAAAACUCAAAAAUUGAUUUCUUGCUAUUUCAAUUGCUUAUUCCUUUACUAAUUGAAUGUUUCUAAUUUACUUUAAUCCCAACUGUCGUAUAGUUAAUCUACUGAGAAUUCGCAUCAGUAAGAUGAUUCGUCCUAAAUAGGAAAUUCUCAACAAUACAGACAUAUGCAGGUGAGUGACUAAAUAGGAAGUGUAAUUGUAAAAUCCACCCAUAAAGGGAAAGCUUAACUAAUUGAUAGCUCAUACCAUCUCGAUAAUCUAUAAAGUUCAUGUGAAAUGUCACCUAUAAGUAAUUUUGCUUUAAGCAAAGUUUUUAUAAACUUAUAUUUAUAUAUUUGUUCAUUAUCGUUAUUCAUUCAUUUCAUUUGCGAUAAUAUCAAAUUUUAGGUAGUUUUCGAGUAUCUUCGAUAUAAUGACGGAAUCCUUUAAUACUACUGCCCUUCAUGGCAUUAUGCAAUUAUUAAGAUAUCAAAGUAAUUAUCCAGCUCUUGGUACAGGUAGUAAUAUACUUUCUAAACAAGCAACAAAUUUAAUAGGAAGUAUUCCACCACUGAUGAAAGCUUAUACUACUGCAUAUCAAAUUAAUCUUUUUGGUGAUUAUCCUGAUGAUAAAGAUUUAGCACCUUCAAUAGUCUUUACUGUGGUAUUUUUUGUUUUAAUGUUAGGCCAUGCUUUAAUCUUUACUAUCAAUUAUUCAAGAGGUCAUUAUUUUUGGUUACAACUUGGAUGGGUAUUUUAUUGUAUAUGUAGAGUACUAGGAUUUGCAUUAAGAGCAGUUUGGUCAAGAGAUUUAAGUAAAACUCUUGUAGGUAUAACUGGUGAAGUUUUCUUAAUUAUUCCAUCUAUCUUAUUAGUUUCAUUCAAUUUGAUCUUAGCUCAAAGAAUCUUUACUUGGAGACAUCCAGUUGGAGGAGCAAGAAAACUAUUUUGGAAUCUUAUGUUUACAUUAUAUGGAGUGGUUACUGCAGUCGUGGUUAUGACAAUUGUUGCUUCUGCUGUUCCUAAUUUAUACUUUUUAUCUCUAACAGUAUUAAACAGAUAUCAAAAAGUAGUAAUGGUAUCAUCAAUUUGUGUUAUACUUUAUUCAUUGACAGCCAUUGCUUUAAUUGGUUUAGCAUAUUUCUUCAAGCCAACUGCAAAAGAUGAAAAUUUAUAUACUUAUCAACCUUAUUGGAUUGAAUCAUUUUCUCCUACUUAUUUUGUUAAGAAAGGUGCUUGUCAAGAUGCUGGUGAAACAUUUAUGAAAAGAAAUCAUAAUGCUCGUCAUGCUAUCAGAGUUAUAGCAGCUACUCAUCAUGAAUAUAAUACGGUUGAAGGUUUAACUAAUGAAAGAGGUGAUUUAAAACAUAAUUCUUCCCUUAUAAUCAUUAUUAUUACAACAGUACUUAUAUUUGUUGGUGCAGUUUUGAGAGCCAUUGUUGUUUUCCAAGGUAAAUAUAGAUAUCAACAAGGUGUUCUCGCAAAAUCUAUUGUCAUGUACAUUUGUUGGGGUGUAUUUGAGACAAUUAUUAAUCUCUUAUAUAUUAUUGGUCGUGUUGAUUUGAGAUUCUAUAGACCAGAUAGGUUACCAAAGAAAGUCAGAAUGAUCAUCACACAAGAGCAAUCUAUUAAUAAUUCCACUGACUCAAUUGUUGGUGUUGAAUCUAAACAACAAACAACAAGUACAAGCUCUAAUAAUGCUAAUGAAGUUGUUUCUGGAGAAGGUGUUGAUGCAGAUGCAAAUGCAGAUGCUGCUGGUAAUGGAGUUUCUCAUCCUCCCGGAGUAAAAGUAGAAAAUUAUGAUGAAUUCAGAUUUUGAAAAAGUUUAUAAGUUAAAACUCACUAUUUAUAUGUAUUAUUAACUCUUUUUGUAGUUCACUUUAUUACCCAAAAAUAGCAUAAUUGUAAAUCAUUUAAUAUAAUAAUAUUGACUGCA